AUUUCGGACUUCAGUACCAGGAUUGGUUGAGCCAAUGAGAGCGCUUGUUACAAAGCGGUAGGAUCCGGCAAAGAUGGCUGCCGAAGCCGCAGUUUUGUGGAAGCAAGGCUGGCACCUGUCAGCAGAGGGGAUUGCAGCGCUGAAACAGGAGAACAACAUCACCACUAUAGAUGGCAUCGUGAGGAAGGCUCUGGACGAGGACCUGAGGUCUAUAGGAGAGAAGUUUCUGCCUGAAGAUAUCAGCAGGGGAGGCAGCAGUGAACUGAUUGGUCCAUGUGUCCUCCAAGUGACGAAGGUUCGGAACGUGUCGGCGCCCAAGGCUAACGAGGAGUCCGGCCACGCCCCCCGGAUGCUGAAGGUGCAGAUGACUGACGGCCACACCACCUGCAUCGGGCUGGAGGUCGCACAAGUGCAGCAACUCAGCCUGUCCACCCCUCCUGGCACAAAAGUGAAGCUGACCGGUUCCAUUGCCAUCAGUAAUGGGUUCCUGAUGUUGGAAGGAUCCAAUGUGAAGGUUUUAGGGGGGCAGGUGGAAAAACUCUUCUCCAGAUGGGACAUUCAAAGAAAACUGGCGCAUCACUCUCGAGCCAACGUGAAGGUGGAGGGUGGUGCCCCACCGUUCGUACCGUUCGGACAGAGAGUGUCCGGUGGUGCGGUGGCCACCAAGGACUUAAGGAACAAGAAAAGUCUGCCCAAGAAGGAGACAGAGUCAGAAGAAGCCGACGAGUUCUCGGAGCAGAGGAAGGCCGUGAUCGCCGAGGUCAGCAAAUCCAAGGAGGGCACGAAGACGUUCGGGGGGACGGGCAGUCUGCCCGCGACCGCCGUCCCCGAGAAGAAGUGGGGAGGGCCGGCGGACAGGAGGGGCGAGAACAGGCCUCAGGGGGUCUACAGGGAACUGUCCAACGAGUCUUCCCAGGUCGAGGAGAAGUCAGUACAGAAGCUUGUGGAGAUGGGGUUCAGCAGACAGGACUCUGUGGCCAGUCUCAGGCAGAACAGCGGAGACGUACAGGAGGCCAUCAACACACUGGUGACCAGACAAGGACAAGGACAGGGACAGGGGCGUGACAGGCCGGACAGGGGACACAGGGGACAGAGGGAGGACAGGGGCAGAGGUGAGAACUGUCACUCAGAAUGUGUCAUGUGUCAUUGUCACACUGGUGACAGGCAGGGCACAGGGGACAGAGGGAGGACAGGGGCAGAGGUGAGAACUGUCACUCAGAAUGUGUCAUGUGUCAUUGUCAUACUCAUACUGGUGACAGGCAGGGGACAGGGGACAGAGGGAGGACGGGGGCAGAGCAAAGCGAGUACUGUAAUUGUGCUGUUUCUAAGCAGAAGACAGUUUACUACUGAGACAGAUUGGAUAAAGCUCUUUCUCUGUUUCUUCACAGGAAGAGGCCGUGGGAGGCGAGGGAGGGGUGAUGAGGAGGAGGAGGAUGUGAGUACCAGACCAUCAGGACCCGCCACGCUGUUCGACUUCAUCCUGGAGUCCAAGAUUGAUAACUUGAAAAUAGAUGACUCGAAGCCCAGCCCCGGUGCCCAGACCAGCCAGCCCCCCAGGUACAACAAGCCCCAGGGGGGGAGGGAAAACCACUACGAUGGGCAGGGCUGGCCGCAGGUGGGAGACUCUCAGUUCUACGGGCAGAGGAACAACAAUGACUUCAGGGGCCAGAGGAACCAGCCAGGUGGCAGGCAGCAGUAUGACCAUCAGAACAGGGAGGGGGGGCAGCACUUCAACGACUCCAGACCGUACGAUGGAGGCAGGGGGAGUCGAGGGGGCCGUGGUAGGGGGGGCAGACACGACCGAGGGGGUGGGGGCCGGGGGAGGGGUACAGGCGGCACCGACAGUAACUACAACAGAGGGUACCAGGAGGAUGUCGGUCGGGGCAGGAAAGGUGACAACAGACAGGACAACAGGCAGAACUUUGAUGAGUUUGGUAGACAGAGGGAAGAUUCCAGGAGUAACGGACCUCACGGUCGGCAUGACAACUACAGGGACGCGAGGAGAGGAGGUGGGGAGCAGGGCAACAGGCCCGGAAACCGCGACGCGAGGGAACAACAGCGGGGUGGGAAAACGGAGAAUCAGGAGUUCCGCGGGCAGAAUAAUGAUUCUUACCGAGACCACCGGCGGAACGAACCAAACAGACAACAGGAGGGGGGAAAUCCCAGGAGGCCGGAAUUCCGGGGACAGAACGAACACUUCCAGGAAAACCAGCGGGAUGGUUAUCAUCACCGUGGUGACAGGAAUAAUCCGAAGCAGCAACAUCAGGACUUCCAGGAAAACCAGCGAGACGGUUAUCAUCACCGUGGCGACAGGAACAAUCCGAGGCCGCAGCAUCAGGACCGUAACGACGGCAGGAGGAUGAACAACAGACAAGGGAGCUACGAGGACAGAGGUGGGGGGCAGAGGCAGGGAGCGGACCGUACCAACCAGCCCAGACAUGGGGGGGACGGAGGCCAGAGGAAGUGGAGAAGAAACGACCACUGCCUGGCCAGAUACUGGGAGGAUGGGAAGUUCUAUCCCGCGAUGGUUACGGACGUGGCGCCCAACGGCCGUACUGCAGUAGUGCUGUUCACAGAGUACGAGAAUUACGAAGAGGUGGAGAUGUUCAACAUCCGACCCUUGCACGGCGGAGGAUGGAUGGACUCCCCAGAUCCUGUGUCCACGGGUGUGACACCAAGCGCUAACCAGAAAUACGAGCCAUACCAGGGGGACAUCAACACCACUUUGGAGUUCCACCGGAGCGGCGAUCGACGGAGACCGCCCCAGGAUCGCGCCCAGUCUGCCCCGACCCACGGAAGGGGACCCAGGGAACAACCCAAGGAGCCCAAGAAACCCAGCCGACCCGCCCUACCCAUCUACCAACCACCCGCGAAGAAGAAACAAUCCCCUGAGUAAGGGGGCCUUCGUCAGGGCUCGAAAUACACUGUUGGACCCACUUGCACUGGUACAAGUUAAGCCAAAAGUUACCUGCAUCAAAGGAAGAUUACUUGCAUAACCUAUAGUAGUGGACUAUUAAUCCUAUACCUUCUCUUAUAAAAUUUAGAAAUGUGUGUGAGUAAAACAUGAAGAAUUUAGGCUUAUUUUUUGAUUUAGAGUUAUUUUUUUUUACCUUUCAAGGAGAGAUAAUAUUCUAGGUGUGUGUAUGCUUUUUCUAAUGUUAGGUAACGGCAGAUAGAGCAAAUAAAGCAACUUGCACCAGUGGGAGUUUGGUCUGAGAGUAUUUGCCACACGCAUGUGGUAUUUCGAGCCCUGCACGUUUAAGCCUUCCAAUAUAAAAGGUUUAUUUCAGUUUAGCACAGAGUAUUUAAAGAUAGGACAAAACAGGUCCUUUAUGCCAACACAAGUUGCCCUUCCAUAUAGUUACUACAAUAUAGGCGAAAAUAUGCAAAGAGCAAAUGCAGAAUGUAGAUAUAUACUGCAAGCAAAGUUUAAGAAAAAGAAAAGAUUGAUAUUUGAUUUGUAAAGUUAUUUUUGUAAUUACAAGGGCACUGAAGGAAAAUCCCUACGUUUCAACAUGAUAUGGAAUGUGUAGUUGAUUUUCAUAACGAUGAACCUUUUUUUUGUUAUAUCAAAGUGUUACAAUAAGUUGAAAGGAAUUCUGAAAUUUUACAAACUGAAAGUACUCAAAGAUUGCAAAAUUCAAAAAAUGAAAAUGUAGACUUUUGAUUCAUAGAGGGUGUGAGUUAUCCCCACAAAUUAUGAGUUCCUUGUAAUACAGUACUAGUUUUUGCUCUCUGUCUGGUUGCUCAGCUUUUGAACAGGAUCCAAGAAAGGUGUCUUUCACUGAUUCACACGUACAUGUAAGGGAGUAAUAUAAGGACUCACACUAGGGCUACAAGUUGAUUCACUUGUAGCACAUGUAGCUCUUUAUGAUAGCUAGAACGAUUCAAGACAUUGCAGUGAAGAAAUAUCCCUAGUUUCUAAGGUAAGCAGAAAUGAGCGUGAAAGGUGAAACGUAGGAAAUGAUAUCACCAAUGCAGCUGAAUAGAACUAGUCUCACAUGUAUAUUAAUUAGAAGUGAUUUACUAUUGAGAAUCAUGUACAGAUUUGUCUACCUGGAUACUGGUAUGCUAAGAUGAACAGAGACAUGACCAGAAAAGUGUUACUUUAUUCAGUACUCCCAGGAGACCAGUGGAUGACAAGGGUGGCUCUUGCUCCCCCUUUAAGUGCCUGAAUUCAGGGUGCAUGUUUGUUUCGAAACAUUACUUUGUACAUUGUAUGCUAUUGACAAAUACCUCACACCAAUGUAGACCUGAGCUUUGGCCACACCACUUUAUUUUGUGCUCAUAUCUUGGACGUUUUAGAGUAAAACUGAAACUGCAAGAGGAAAAAACUAGAAGAGGACAAGACUUGAAUCUGACCAUAUUCAGUUCCAGGUACUAAAUUUCCCAUCUGACUAGGGGUACAGGUACCGAGACAAAACCAUUUUUUCUUGUUGGACCCACUUGUCGGAUACUCCACAAAACAGAAUCCUUUGUAGCAAAAUAGACCAUUGUUUUUUUAAUUUGUUUCAAAUCUGAGAAGAAGCCAAAUCAAAUUGGUGUGGCCUUGUAUAGAGAUUGAAAUGAAAUUGUCUUCCAUAACGUGUGUUAAUAAUAUCCUUAUGCAAGAUAGAUAGCUUUACACACAAAUGAUACAUGUAUGUAUGUAUGUAUAUAUUCAACAAUGUUGCAUUAUGAAAAUGUAAAGCUGGCCAGUCGAGUGUAAAACAAUCUACUUCAGGAUGCCUUGUUUGGUAGUACACAGCACCAGAAUGGAACGGAACUUAACUUUUUUUUUCUCACUGGUGCUUUUCUCAGAAAAAAGUUGUACUACUUAAAGACCUGCUAAUUGAAUAUAAAUGAAUUCUAGGCAAUGGAUUUUCUAUGGUGUUUUCAUAUUCCCUUCUUAUUCCACGAGAGCAUAGACCUAGUGUUUUUCUGCAUUUUGGGAGAUUAAGUGACUUGAUAAAGUUAUGACGGUCUCUUG